CUUCUCGCCAUGGCGUCCGGCGAAUCCCAGAAACAUCUCCUCUCUCUGAUCCGCAAUGUCGCCUCCGAGAAAUCCCAAGAAGGUACACUAUGGCCGCUCCAUGCUUCUCGUGCCUCCACGCUAUCUCCGAUGCGCCCCUCUCAAUCCGCAUGUCUUCGACUCAGAGCUUAGGGUCUCCGAUCUUAAGAAGCGGCUCCUCGAACUUCAGAACGAUCUCAAUGUUGCAAACGCCGACCUCGAUGGGGCCAAGCGGUCCAGGGAGAUGGUCGAGCAGGAGCUGAGGGGAUCGCAGGUUCAGCUUUCUAUGAUUGGUGCAUCAAUCCAAGCGCAAGAGGCGAGGAUUUCUCUGCUGCAGGAGGAGAUAUUGAAGCUCCGUUCUGAUCUGGAUACACUCAAGAGUGAAGUGGGUUUCAUGCGAGACGAAUUUGUUAAUAGUAUGUGCGAGCUGAACAAGAAAAUAAGGUCUAUUCCAACGUGCUUUUACUUUCAUUUGUUUAGUUUUCUUAUUUGUUUACUUGUAUAUGAUCUUUUUGUUCCAAACUCCUUAGCUAAGUUUUGCACUAUCACAGGCAUUUUUACAUUUUGA